GAAGCGCAGAGCGACGUCGUCCUCGACACAGUCCUCGUCGUCGUGCUCCUCCGACUCGCGUUCGCCGUACUCCUCCGACUUCGACUCGGACUCUGGCAGAACGAGGCGAAGGGCUGUGGGCAAAGGACAUGUCAACAUCGGCAGGCAGACUACAGCUGGGGCCACACUCGGAUCUCGGAUCGUCGCUGCAGUGCUCAUGGGAAGACGACGAGUUUGCCCACGGCUCGGCUGCACUCGGCAUCCUCGGGGCAUGGCAAAAGGCAUCUCGGGUGGAGUGGCGUCAGAUCGGCCGCGCCGAUAUGGAGGUCUUUCCACGGGCGCCACAUCCUGCCCAUGUUCAGCUGACUAGCAUGAGCCGCCGCCGAAAGCCGCGCUCGCUGCUUCCGUGCGACGGCAUGGCUGCAGUCCUGCAAGCUACCGCGGCUGCCUCUCCAGCGCUGCUGCAGAGCGUCGUCGAGCACGACGCCUCUUUUGCCGAUGGCCGAGUCUACGGCCAGCUCGCCGUCGGCGGCAUGGCCCGCAGCCUCGGCGUUGACAGCUGGUUCCCGGUCGUUGUCCGCUCGAGCACCAACAUCCCGCUCGGGGUCAACACUGUGCUCGGCCGGGCCUCGCGCCGCCCACCGGGCUCGUGGGCGCUGGUCUUUGAAAAGAUGGUUGCCAAGGCCAUGGGCUCGUAUGCCGCCAUGGCCAUCGCGUCGCCGCUCGAGAUCUGGCCGGUCCUCACCGGUGCGCCGGCCAAGUCGCUCGCGUUGGGCGCUGGCCUCGCGCCGCACGCAGUCUUCGCCGCCCUCGCCCUCAUGUCCGACGCCCAUGUACCACUCACUGCCUUUGUUAAGCACCCAACCCGCGGCCUCGUUGCCUCGUCGCGGUACACCGUCCUGCGUACGGCUCGAAUCACCCGCCCGGGCUCCCGCAAGGCCACACCUCUCGUUCUGCUUGCCAACCCCGACGGCGCCGCGUCGUGGACCGGCGCAUGGUCGCCAGACUGGGCGUUUUGGUCAUCGCGGCUCGAGGACCAGCUCGCUCGCGCCGCCCAUGGCGCGGCCGAAUCGGCCUCUGAGUCUGCCUCCAUCGAGUCCGAGUCGCAACUCACUGCUGGCUCAUGGAACGACGACGGCUGUGCGCUGUGGAUGGCCAUCGACGACUUUGUCAAGGUCUUUGACUCUGUCACCGCCAGCUUUGCUGCGCCCAAGUGGAGUCUCACCUCGCUAGCCACUACGAACCAGCGGGUUCUUGGCGAGGACAUGUAUGCCGUCGGUGCGCUCAUCACCGUCAGGCCCAACAUUCACCUCGCGCCUAGCGAGACCCGGUCCGUCCCAUCCGGCACGCUUUGGCUCUCACUCAUAACCAAGAGCUCACCAGCCGAUCUUGUGGUCCUCGAUCUCGCCUCUGGUGAAUGGCUCGAGCAGGCCCGCUCGCCGUGGGGCGAGUGGAGCUCGUCGCGCGGCCGCACUGACGCGCUCUACGACAUCACCGGGUACGGCCAAUAUGCGCUCCUUGCCAUGACAAACUCGGCGAGCUCCAACCCGGUCACGCUCGCGCUCUACACGUCGCCAGCCAUCGACGCCGAAAUCGAGCUCCGCGACGUCGACAGCUUUGGCUGGCACGGCCUCGUCGCGCCUACCGUCGCCGCCCACCUGGCGGCGCACGCAAAGGACGGGCGGACGCUGAAGGGCAACAGCCACAAUGUCAUUGUCCACGACGUGCCGCUGCCAGGCGCUCUUGGCCGAGCGCUUGUCUUUAGCAACCCGUCGCGCUCGGUCGCCAUCCAUGGCAAGGUCUCGCUCGACAUGACCAACUAUGCUGUUGCCGAGGAGCCCGACAUGCUCACAGUGGUCCGCCGCGGAUCCAACGUGCGCCACGUCCACUCGUUCAGCGUCCACCUCUCGCCGCGCGGCGGGCAGCUGCGGCUUGUGCUUGUCCCGCUCCCGCGCGUCGCCAAGCGCAAGCCGGCGGCGUACAAGAUCAAGGCCAGCAAACUUGAGGAUCGCAAGGCCCGGAAAAAGGCCAAAGUGCCAGCCGCGGGUGCAGACUUUGCGCGCGCAGCCAAGGCGCUUAUACGUGCCAAGCCGCGCCGCGCCCUUGAAUUGUCGCGCGCCACCCCGAGCCGGAAGCUCCGUCGCGGCCGGCGUGCCCGUACCGGCGCUCGCACUCUGCGCUCGUCGUCGUCGUCCGAACAUGACUCGGCAGCAGCCGAGAUCGCGCGGCUGCGCAAGGCCCGGAAGCGAGCCAAGGCCCGUGGGCCAUCGUCGCGCCUGGCGUCAGCCCUCAGCUCGUCCAAGCUCCGCCGGCUCGCCAUCAAGCACGGGCGCAAGAUCAACUACGCCCAGCAGGGUGCAGGCAAUGUGUUCCGCUACGAGUGGAAGAACAACGACUACUUUGUCAUGGUCGUCCGCAACCUCGAAGACUCCAAAGCACUCGUCGAGACGCUCGAGGUCAAGCUGACCAACAUGCGUAUCCGCGCUGUCGGCGAGACGCCCGAACCGUCAUCCUCGGCGCCCUCACAGUCGGCAUCGUCCAUUGCGUCGCCAACCUCGUGGUCAGCCUCCGAGUCGAACUCGGACUCACCGUCGCUCCUCGCCCUCAAGGGCCCGGCUGCAGACCAGGCCCGGCUCCGGCUGAAAAUCGGGAAGCGCAAAGCCAAGAAACGGCGUGCCGCUCUCAAGAAGAGGGCUGGUAAGGUUCGCACCCGAGUCAAGCGAGUUAAGCGUGAGCAGCUGCACCACGAGCUCAGCCCCGGAGACUCGAUCCUCAUCGUCUUUGAGCGCAUUCCAUCGCGGCGGGGCGCUGCCAAGUACAGCCUCACCCGCCAGGUUACCAUCUACGAUGUCACCGGCUCGUCGUCGGCAUCUUACUCGGGGUAAAGGCAGACGGCGG